AUGUCUCAGGUUGACCCACCUCCCUUGCUUGGGCAUUUGGAGGUCUCCUCUGACACCUCUGGCCCUGCUGAGGGGGGUGACCCUGCUGCUGACGACACAGUGGCUGCUCGCCACUCACCGCGCUUGGAGACCCGUCCUGGUUUUCCUCCUCGACCGUCUUCACCGCCUCUGCAGCCUGUCGCUGUGGACUUCGGAGCUACUGGGGGUGGUGAUACUGGAGGCGUGGACUCUGGGGGUGUUGGUUCUGGGGGUGCUGGUUCUAGAGGUGCUCAGUCUGGAGGUGCGGGUUCUGGGGGUGAUGAGCGUCCUAGUGGUGGUGGGGUCUUCGAUUCUCCUACUGGAGUUUCUCCUAGUGUUUUGCCACCUCUGCAGCGCCGCCCUUUGCACCGGCAGCAGCGGCGGUUGGCGCCGCCAGUUCCUGCGUCCGAGUCUGACGGAGCUGGAGGUGCUGGUACUGGAGGUACUUGUGCUGGAAGUGCUGGAAAUGGCAGCUCUGGUGCUGGAGGUACUGGAGCUGGAGGUGCUAGAGCUGGAGGUGCUGGAGCUGGAGACUCUGGUGCUGGAGGUACUGGAGCUGGUGGUUCUAUAGCUGGAGUUACUGGUACUGGAGUGUGUCGUCUCGACUACGUCGCGACUCUUGUCACUGAGUCUGAGUCUGACUUUCUUCCGUUCGUUGUGAGUGAGUGUGCCCUUGGCACGAACGUCCUUGAGGACAGGCAGUUUGAGCUCGAGUGUCUUGCGGCUGCUGUACCUCAUCUUGCUGCCAUGCUGCUUGCCCCUGAGGGAGACCCGGAUGCACUAGACAUCCCGACCCCGCGCUCUUACACAGAGGCGAUCUCGGGUCCCUACUCCUCUCAGUGGCAGACAGCCAUAGAUACAGAGAUGGCAUCCUGGAAGUCCACAAGCACCUACGUUGACGCAAUUCCCCCUCCUGGGGCGAACAUAGUCGAUGGCAUGUGGAUUUUCAGGGUGAAGCGACCGCCGGGUUCUCCGCCUACCUUCAAGGUGCAUUACGUUGCACGAGGCUUGAGUCAGCAACAGGGGGUCGACUACUUCCACACCUUCUCCUCCACCCCGAAGAUGACCACUCUUUGGGUGUUACUGCACGUUGCAGCACAGCGUGACUACGAGCUCCACUCGCUUGACUUCAGCACAGCUUUCUUGCAGGGCAGCCUUUACAAGGAGAUCUGGCUGCGCCUCCCACCUGGCUUUCCUGAGGGUACCCAGUGGAGCCUCCGGCGGCCAGUCUAUGGUCUCCGCCAGGCGCCUCGCGAGUGGCACGACAUACUGAGGACGACACUUGCGGCUCUUGCCUUUGCUCCUUCGAUUGCUGACCCGUCGCUGUUUCUGCGCACCGACACUUCUCUGCCGCCGUUCUACAUCCUCGUGUACGUCGACGACUUGGUCUUUGCUACUGCUGACACUAAGGCACUCGCCCUUGUGAAGUCGGAGCUACAGAAGAGACACACCUGCACUGACCUCGGUAAGCUGCGCAGCUAUCUGGACUUGUAG